UGAGAGUUCAUGAAAAUCUUACUUUGACUUUUUAUUUUAGCCUCAAAAGACAUUCCAAAUAUUUUUCAUUACUAACAUGUCUAGUUCCUGUAGUUUAUAUUUUUCCCGGAAGCAUUUUUACUUAAGGGAAAAUUAAAACACAAAAUUGCAGACCAUAUUCCUUUCUUUAUUGCUUUUCAGGAAGUGGAUCUGAUAGCAGCUUUUCUGCCUGUACCCCGGCACCCUGACGGCCUGAUAUACUCUACCCCGGUGACGGCAGACAAGUGGGUUUUCCUAAUGCAACGGCCGCGAAAGUCGCUGAUCGGCACCAGCCUUUUGGAGCCGUUCACCCUCGAGGUGUGGAUGCUGACUUUGUUCGCCUUGGUGCUGAUGGGUCCGCUGAUUUUCGCGAUUAUUAAGCUGCGCCAAAAGCUGGUCCACUCGAGUGGGCCCAAAUCACGAGUGUACCGUCUGAACGAGUGCGUUUGGUUCACGUACGGCGCAAUUAUGAAGCAAGGCUCGCCGCUCGACCCGACAGACGACACAACGAGACUGCUAUUCGCCACCUGGUGGAUAUUCAUCACGAUCCUCACGUCCUACUACACGGCCAACCUGACGGCCUUUCUGACCCUUUCGCGAUUUUCUCUUCCUAUCUCUCACCCUGAGGAGUUGGCUGAGAAAAACAUAAAGUGGUUCGGCAAGAGCGGCGGAGCACUAGAACAGGCGAUAUCCGGUGACGAUGAAGAAAUGCAGUAUUUAAAGGACUCCCUGGACAGUGGGCAAGGGCAGCUAAUAGAAUGCACAAGUGAGGAGAUCGUCAAUCUAGUUUUGCAAAAUCACGUUUAUUUGGGCGAAUUGAGAAAAGUGCAGUCUUUGGUGUUCGAAAAUUAUAUGAAAAACAUUGACAGAUUUGAUGAUGCUAUCAGCCGCUGCCAAAUGGUGAACACGUUGGAGCCGUUUCUUUUGAGGCCGAUGGCAAUAGCUUUUCGAGACAACAGCUCAUACCAUUCAAUUUUCGAUCCUGUUUUGCGGACAAUGGUGGAGGGCGGAGUUAUCACUCACAUCUUGAAUUCCAAUUCAUCCCAGAGUGAAGUCUGCCCGCUAAAUCUGGGAAACGCUGAAAAGCAACUGAAACUGGCUGACUUCACGAGCACUUAUUUGGCAGUCACUUUUGGGUUUCUCGUAGCGAUGCUUUCUUUUUUUGGCGAAAGAUUUUCUUCAAAAUUUUUCAAAUCGAAGAGAAAGAGUAAAGUGAGUGGCAUGCUUACUAAAAAAGCCUUUUACCCAAGAGAGUUUCUGCAAAUUCAAAACUCUAAUAACCCGGUGGCUCUCGAUCCAAAAUUAUUCAUUCUGAACCGAGUCGCUGGAAAUACAAAACCGCAAUGUUAUCAUUCUAAAUCUCUCCACUUUCAUUACUUGGAUUGAAUUUUGUAAGAUACAAAAUAAAUGUAUUAGAUCGGCUAUAGCUGUAAAAUAAAUGGCUUUUACUGCGAAAAUCCUGAGAAGUAUGCAGCCUGCUCGACGGCCGUGCUAAAAUCUCUGCAUAUUUGCUUGUUAGAAAUGCGUCAAAUGAAAAUAAAUUGGGAAAAUAAUUUGAAUAUAAAAGUUUAUUAAUCC